CGAGCUCCGUCAGUGGCCGGGCCAGCUUCUCCGGCUCAUCGGCCUCGGCGCUCAACGAACCCAGGAGUCCCCCCCUGCCCGCUGACCUGGGCUCCUCCUCCUCCUCCUCCUCCUCCAACUCCGCUGCCGUCGCCUCGAUAGCGACCAUUACCGGCAGUGGCAGCCACGCUCGCCUCUCCCUCGACUCCUCCGCUUCCGGCCCCGCCGACUACGGCUUGCCCGUCUCCAACCCGACCACCACCGAGCCCUACUACCCGGCCCCCUCCUCGCUCCACAGCAUGAAUCAGACGCAAUCGUACAUGGACGUCCAUGCCUCACAUCUGGCCUCCUCUCAACCCUAUGGUUCUCAGGGCGCCUCCACCGCCCUCGCCCAUUACCCCCCGUACCAUCAGCAACCUCCCAUCCUGCAGCCCACCUCUUCCUACGCCCCCGCCUCCUACUCCCAGUACGGCUAUGCCAAUGGCGUCGCCUCGCCCCAGUCCGUCUCCCAGCCCCCAGCCUCCAGUCUGAACGGCCAGGUCGCCGGCCAGCUUCUUCCAUUACCAGUGUCUAGCCAUGCCGUCGCUCCUCCCGGCUACGGCAACACCUCCGGAACCCCCAUGCAGGGCUACGUUUACGACACCACCGGUCAGAUGGCUCCCCCGGGGGCAAAGCCUCGCGUCACCGCCACAUUGUGGGAGGAUGAAGGCAGCUUGUGCUACCAGGUCGAAGCCAAAGGCGUUUGCGUCGCCCGUCGCGAGGAUAAUCAUAUGAUCAAUGGCACCAAGCUGUUGAACGUCGCCGGUAUGACCCGCGGUCGCCGCGAUGGCAUCCUCAAGAGCGAAAAGACCCGUCACGUCGUCAAGAUUGGUCCCAUGCAUCUCAAAGGCGUAUGGAUCCCCUUUGAGCGUGCCCUCGAGUUUGCAAACAAGGAGAAAAUCACCGAUCUGUUGUACCCCCUGUUUGUGCACAACAUCGGCGGUCUGCUGUAUCAUCCGACGAACCAGACACGCACCAACCUGGUCGUGCAGGAGUCCCAGCAACGGCGGCUGGAAGGCCCCCCUGCCGGAGCGCGCCCUAUACAGAACUCCCCCGCGGCGGCCACCCUCCACCAUCACUCCCUCCAGUCCUCCUCCGCCCCCUCGCAUCUCAGCCAGGCUCCGCCGCCCGCCGGCCCGCGCCCCGUUCUGGAUCGGGCACACACCUUCCCCACCCCGCCCGCCAGCGCAUCCAGUCUGAUGGGCGUCAACCCGGGCCCCUCGGGAUACGACUCGUGGAACAGCCAGGGCAUGAAUACGUCCGCCGUUCCCCACUCCCAACCGCUGUCCAUCGACACGGGUCUGAGUAACGCCCGCUCCCUGCCCACUACCCCAGCCACCACGCCUCCGGGCUCCAACAUCCAUGGCCUCCCCGCUUCCUACCAGAGUCAGUCCGGCUACGACACCGCCAAGUCCUACUACUCGGCCGCUCCCGGCCCGCACACCCAGUACGCCGUCUCGCAUGCGCCACUCCCGCCAUCGACCAUGACCGGCGGUUACGGACACUCUGUACCGGCCAUCGCGGGCUACAUGAAGAAUGACAUGGGUCCGCCGUCCUCCCAUGCAGCCCGUGGCGGCGGUCAACAUGACCCGGACGGAGCCGCUGACGCCUCCCAGACGAACGGCGCCUCUGGCGGUGCCGCCGGCAACGAGCAGCACCUCACCGAUCAGGAAUCGGAGUAUCUGCAUGAUGGAAAUGCAGCAGCGGCGGCGGCGGCGGCGGCGUAUAAUGUCAACCGCGGCUCCUAUACGUACACCACCAACCCAUCGGUCAGCUCCCUGACCGGGGGAGACCACGCGCCGCUCGGCGCCGCCGAUCUCACGGGUUCCCCCUCUCAGCAGAAUGGAUCGGGCCGCAUGACCCCGCGGACCAGUGGCGGCGCUCCCCAGUGGCCGUCCGGGUAUAACACUUCGCCUCGGCCGGGUGCUGUCGCUGCUGCUGCCGCCGCCGCGGUAGCCUCCAGCAGCCUCUACAAUGUCGUCAGUGACACGCGUGGGUCGGGGGCCGGUCCCUCUGCCGCAGACGGCUACUCGGUGGCAACUAACCCGGCCGCCAGUUACUCGUCGGCAAUGAACGGCUCACUAGCCGGAGGUUCGACCAAACGCCUCCGCGAAGAUGAUGACUCUGACCGUAUCGUCCGCCCCGAGAGCCGCGGGCCCGAGUUUGAGCACAAACGCCGCAAGACUCUCACGGAAACGCCUGUCGUUGGCGGUCCCGUCGGCGGUGGCGGCGCGCCGCUCGCCCUUCAGCCCAUGAAGACGGGUGGAGUCCUGUCUCGUCGUCGAUGAUCCCUGGAGAUGGUUUUUUUUUUCCCCCUUCCCCCACCACAUUCAGGCAAACAAAAAUCAUUCUCCCUCCCUCUCUCUCUCUCUCUCUCUCUCUCUCUCUUC